GUUGUAUAUAAAGAGAGAAACCAAUACCAUUGAAUGUUUACAAAAAAGUCAACAUGAUAUGUUCUUUGAAAAAGUCAACAGACACCAACGACGGUCAAACCACCGUAGACCCCAAAGACGAGCCCCAACUCCUGCCAGGCUUGCCCAACCACCUGGCCCACCUAGUCCUUUCCACCGUCCGCCCCUCUCUCCUCUCCGCCGUCUGCCGCCGAUGGCGCCACCUCAUCUACACCCGUCACUUCCCACCCUUUUUGUCUCUUUAUGCCAUCGUCGCCAGCAGUAAUAGUUAUAGCAAUACUAAUAGUAGUAAUGAUGAUAAUAAUAGUAAUGGCCAAUCACGCCUAUCGGAUUCCAUUGAUUUCUUCGCCUUUGAUCCCAUCUCCUCCAAGUGGACAACCUUACCACCUCCGAAUGUCGAUCCGCCACUCCGCCUCCUCCACCGCCACCCAUCGUUCAUAUCCCGAACCCUCACCAUACAAUCGUUGACGGUUGCUGGGUGCCUUGUGCUCAUUGCAGCCACCGGUCACAACUUCCUCCCCGCGCUAUCCCACCCGCUCGUUUUCGACCCUUUGACCGCGGAAUGGUGUCUAGGUCCUCCGCUCACUUAUCCGCGUCGGUGGUGCGCUGCCGGGUGUUUUCGCGACACCUUGUAUGUGGCUAGCGGUAUUGGCGCCCACUACCGCGGUGAUGUAGCGCGGAUGGUCGAGAAAUGGGACGUGAAGAGGUCACACUGCGACAAGUUAUCGGAUUUGAGAGACGAGUGGCGGUGGGAGGAGGUGGCGGGUCUAAAAGACGGAAGGUUCAGCCGAGAAGCGGUUGAGGCGGUCGGGUACAAAGGAAAAAUAUGCAUGGUGAAUGUGAAGGGCAACAAUGCAGGGAAAGAAGGUGUAGUUUACAACAUUGAGGAAAACCGGUGGGAGAAAAUGUCGACGGGGAUGGUUUCGGGGUGGAACGGGGCGGUAGGCGUGGCGGAGGAGGAGGUGAUGUAUGUGGUGGAUGAAGAGAAUGGUGGUGUGAGGAAAUAUGAUGAUGAAAGUGAUUGUUGGCAAGAGGUUAUUCAAGGGUCGGAUCUUUUGAAAGGGGCCGAAAAAAUGGCGGUCGGUGGUGGGAAAAUUUGUGUCGUAACGGGUGGCGGUGGGCGGAUCACGGUGGUGGAUGUGGUGGCGGAACCGGUAAGGAUGUGGGUGGUUGAUCCACCCCGGCCGGAAAGUGAAGUAAUAUCCGUUCAUAUUAUGAGAAGACCAUGUAAUAAUAGAUUAUGAAAUGUUUAAAGAUCAUGUUAUUUUUUAAUUCAAUGGAUUUUAAAAAUAAGUGAAUAUGAUUAUGUGAAUAUUGUAAUAAAGUCUCGU